GUCGUUGCGAGGCGCGCGUGCCAGGAGAAAGUAGAACCUGUGCGGUGAGAUUUUCCGACGGUGGGUUUUUCCGCGCGAGCGGGAGAGCGCGAUAUCGGGGAGAACGGUUCUCUGAACCGACAUGCCAGUGGAAAACUCUUGGCCAGGAGCGCGAGAAAAAGGAAAAACCUUUCGCAGUCGAGUUCUGUCCAUUGGCGCUGAGUGAACCCGAGGAGGAAAAGGCCGUUUCACUCCCGUUUCUCGACCCCCUGGUGCCUGCCUGCCUGCCUAUGGUGGUGGUGGUGGUCGUUGUGGACACUCUGUGCUAGAAGGGAAAAUUUUCCAGGAAGCCCCGUAAAAGGAAAAACCUGGUGUCUGUCCGGUGGAAAAUUGUGCCAGAAAGUGGGAUUGUGUGUGCCGUGCGCUGCCUUCUCAAACACACACGCACGAGCCGUGCGUGCGUGCGUGCAUGCAUGCAGAUUUUUUGGGGGGGCCAGAAAUUUGCAUUUGAGUGAACAGAAGAACCUCCGUGCGCUGGCGGAAAACCCAAAGCAGAAAAACGCGAACCGAAAAGAAAAGUGUCUGUGUCUGUGCUCGAAUUCGAGGAAAAUUAUGUAAUAAGUUGUUAUAUUUUCACUCUCCCAACCGACCACACUCUUUGACAGAGCGCGCCGACGACGACGACGACUACGUCCAUCGCCGGAGAUUGCUCCGGGUCUCCUCUCCUGGUGAUCCGCGUGCGCGUGUUUGCUGGCUCGAAUGGCUCCGUCCAUUUGACAGAGGACCACUCGCGUGACACAGCGCGCCGGAAAGCAGCAGCGCGGCGGCGGCGGCCAAUGAAGCGGCCGGAAACCUGGACCGCACCGGAACAACCCACGACGGAGCUGUAACCACGGAACACGACGGAUUUACGCUCAGAGCGGUUCUUGCCGCGCGCGCGAGAGUGGGAGAAAGUUUUGUGUGGAAGAAAAACUCGGAGUCGGAGAGAGCGCGCGCUGGUGGAAAAGUACGACAGUGUGUGUUGAGUGUGUGGAAAAAUCGACCGCGAGGAAAAACAGGACCAGCAUCUCGGUGCUCUCGAAUGGAUUAGAACAAUUUGACGGAGGUCGCGCAAAUCCCGAACCAGCCAGGUCAGCGAAUAUUAAAAAGAUAAAAAUCGACCGACCGAGUGAGGCGCUUUGAAGACCUCGACGACCGCAGGCAGCCAGCUGCUGCACCAAAAGGAGCCCGUGGAAAUCGAAACAAUCAAAAAAUCGAUCCAAUUCCGUGAAACGAAGAAAAGAAAAGUGAAAAAAAUGGUGUCGUUGUAGUGUGCAAGCCGGGUAACAACUGACUGACCAAGGGUUAAAAAAGUGCGUGCGUGUGCGUUGUGUAAACGACUCCCCUCCCCAAACCCUCUUACCGUUCCCCCUCCUGCGGAAGGGGGCACUUCAGGAAUCGAUCUUACGGACAACCGGCCAGCAAUCGAGGAUGGCGGUCAGUUAAGAACCAGCGCGCGCGUGUGAGUGUGUGUGUGUGUGGGACGACGUGUGGGUCAAGGUCGAUCCACUCCCCCGCGGGAAACGCCGCGACGACGACCGGAAGGAGCUCCUCUACACAACUUGACAACACUCGAUGAUAACUAGAGUUAUUAGCUACUACUGUUAACUACCUACCAGUUACGCGGCGCGCUACGAUAGGCAGAAGCAGAGCGAGGAGUUUUGAGUAGUUUAAGGAAUUCGCAAACUAAGUAACAAGAAAACACACACACAUCCCCCCUGCUUUAAGAGAGAGAGAGAGUAAUUUGUAAGUUAAUUCGAGCUAAGCAAAAACAAGUACCAACAACAACAACAAAACGAUGGCGACGAUAGACGGACGGCCGGCGCAGUACGGCAUCACGCUGAAGAAUCUGCGCGAGAUCAUGGAGAAUCGGGGCCGCGAAGGGGUGGCGAUGGUGACCGAGUACGGCGGUGUGCACGAGAUUUGCCGGAAGUUGUACACGUCGGAGAACGAGGGCCUGAGCGGAUCGAAGGCGGACAUUGAGCACCGGCGGGAAACGUUCGGCUCGAACAUCAUCCCUCCGAAGCCCCCGAAGGCGUUCCUGACGUUAGUGUGGGAGGCGCUGCAAGACGUGACGUUGAUCAUUCUGGAGAUUGCGGCCAUCAUCUCACUGCUGUUGUCGUUCUAUCAGCCUGCAGACGAAGAUGAGGAGGGACUGGGCGAGGAGGAGGAAGAGCAUUACGCGUGGAUCGAGGGAUUGGCCAUUCUGGUGUCGGUGUUUGUGGUCGUGAUCGUGACGGCCUUCAACGAUUACUCCAAGGAGAAGCAGUUCCGAGGGUUGCAGUCGCGGAUCGAGGGCGAGCACAAGUUUUCGGUGAUUCGUGGCGGUGAUGCCGUCCAGGUCAACAUCGGGGACAUCGUGGUCGGUGACAUCUGCCAGAUCAAGUACGGCGAUUUGCUGCCGGCUGAUGGAAUUUUGAUUGCGAGCAACGACCUCAAGAUUGACGAGUCUUCGCUGACGGGCGAGUCGGACCACGUGAAAAAGAGCGAAUCGACGGACCCGAUGGUGCUGUCCGGAACGCACGUCAUGGAGGGUAGCGGCAAGAUGAUCGUGACGGCCGUCGGAGUCAACUCGCAGGCCGGUAUCAUCUUCACGCUGCUGGGAGCCGCUGUGGACGAGCACGAAGCGGCGGCCAAGGCCCAGAAGAAGGAAGCCAAGAAGAGCAAGAAGCCGAAGGACGGAGACGAGAUCACCAACAACAGCCACCAUCCGGGACUCAAGUCGCAAACGACGGUCGACUCGAUCACUUCGGACGAUGGCGAGGAAGGUAAGGCUGCCGGUGGCCACGGAGGUGCCAAGGAAAAGUCCGUACUCCAAGCGAAGCUGACCAAACUGGCCAUCCAAAUCGGAUACGCCGGAUCGACGAUCGCCGUCCUGACCGUGAUCAUCCUCAUCAUCCAGUUCUGCAUUCAGACGUUCGUUAUCGAGCAGAGACAUUGGAAGAACUCGUACGCAAACAACCUGGUGAAGCACUUUAUCAUCGGUGUGACCGUGCUGGUCGUGGCCGUUCCGGAAGGUCUCCCCCUCGCCGUCACCCUGUCGCUCGCCUACUCCGUCAAGAAAAUGAUGAAGGACAACAACCUGGUGCGUCAUUUGGACGCGUGCGAAACCAUGGGAAAUGCCACCGCCAUCUGCUCGGACAAAACCGGCACGCUGACCACCAACCGGAUGACCGUCGUGCAGUCGUACAUCUGCGAAAAGCUCUGCAAAGUGACGCCCAAGUUCUCGGACAUUCCGAGGGUAGUGGGCGAAGCGGUCAUCGAAGGAAUCGCGCUGAACUCGGCCUACACGACGUGUCUGAUGCCGGGCACGAACCCGGGCGAUCCGCUCCAGCAGGUCGGCAACAAGACGGAAUGUGCGCUGCUCGGAUUUGUGCAGGGCGUUGGCAAGAGCUACCAAUCCAUCCGGGACCAACAUCCGGAGAACUCGUUCACCCGUGUGUACACCUUCAACUCGGUGCGCAAAUCGAUGAGUACGGUGAUUCCGCGACCGGGUGGUGGCUACCGAGUGUACUGCAAGGGAGCUUCGGAAAUCGUGCUGAAGAAGUGUUCGUUCAUCUACGGUCAGGAUGGGGUUUUGGAGAAGUUUACCCGCGACAUGCAAGAGCGGCUGCUGCACCAGGUGAUUGAACCGAUGGCUUGCGACGGACUGCGCACGAUCUCGAUCGCGUACCGGGAGUUUGUUCCGGGCAAGGCCGAAAUCAACCAGGUUCACUGCGACGGCGAACCCAACUGGGACGACGAGGAGAACAUCGUGAGCAACUUGACCUGUCUGUGCGUCGUGGGUAUUGAAGAUCCGGUCCGGCCGGAGGUUCCGGACGCCAUCCGCAAGUGUCAACGGGCAGGAAUUACGGUGCGCAUGGUCACCGGCGAUAACAUCAACACGGCCCGGUCGAUCGCCACCAAGUGUGGCAUCAUCCGGCCGCAGGACGACUUCCUGAUCCUGGAGGGUAAGGAGUUCAAUCGACGCAUCCGCGACAGCAACGGGGACAUCCAGCAGCACUUGCUGGACAAGGUCUGGCCGAAGCUGCGAGUGUUGGCGCGUUCAUCCCCCACGGACAAGUACAACCUGGUCAAGGGCAUCAUCGACAGUGCGGUGUCGGACAAUCGCGAGGUUGUGGCCGUCACCGGCGACGGAACCAACGACGGACCAGCCCUGAAGAAGGCCGACGUCGGCUUUGCGAUGGGCAUUGCCGGCACGGACGUGGCCAAGGAAGCUUCCGACAUUAUUCUAACCGAUGACAAUUUCAGCAGUAUCGUCAAGGCCGUCAUGUGGGGCCGCAACGUGUACGAUUCGAUUGCCAAGUUUUUGCAGUUCCAGCUGACGGUGAACGUGGUGGCGGUCAUUGUGGCGUUCAUCGGAGCGUGCGCCGUCCAGGACUCACCGCUGAAGGCCGUGCAGAUGCUGUGGAUGAACCUGAUUAUGGAUACCUUGGCUUCGCUUGCAUUGGCCACCGAAAUGCCCACGCCGGAUCUGCUGCUGCGUAAGCCGUACGGCCGAACGAAACCACUGAUUUCACGCACAAUGAUGAAGAACAUCCUCGGCCAAGCACUCUACCAACUGUUUAUCGUGUUUGGCCUGCUGUUCGUGGGCGACCGACUGCUGGACAUCGAGUCCGGCCGGGGCCAACCACUCAAUUCCGAAGCGACCCAGCACUUUACCAUCAUCUUCAACGUGUUCGUCUUUAUGACGCUGUUCAACGAGCUGAACGCUCGCAAGAUCCACGGCCAGCGGAACAUUUUCGAGGGCCUGUUCACAAACCCGAUCUUUUACAGCAUCUGGAUCAUUACGCUCGUGUCGCAAAUCUUCAUCAUCCAGUUCGGCAAGGUGGCCUUCUCCACCAAAGCACUCAACGUCGAACAGUGGCUGUGGAGUGUGUUCUUCGGCCUUGGCACGCUUAUCUGGGGCCAGAUUGUCACGUCGAUCCCGACCCGCAAGAUGCCCAAGAAGAUGGCGUGGGGCCGGGGCGAAGCCGAGUACGCCGAAGCGAUCCGGCUCGGCGAGGAACGCUACGACUCGCUGGACAAUGACAAGAAACCCCGUGCAGGUCAGAUAUUAUGGAUCCGUGGCCUUACUAGGCUGCAGACCCAGCUUCGUGUUGUACGUGCAUUUCGAUCCACAUUAGAAGAUUUAGAAGAACGUCGUUCCAUUCAUAGCUUGCAUAGUCUUAGAAGUUCACGCAGUCAUCCCGGAGGCAUGAGCACGAGUGGUACAAUGACUAGUCAAGGUCUCUCAAAUCUCUUAUAUCCACCAGGUUCCAACAUCCCAACCGGCCGGCUAAUAGGUACUAAUGUUGGCGAUCUUAAGUAUAUUGAUGAAGAUCAAAGACUUCAUAAUAAUCAGCAUAUUAUAGAGAAAUUCGCGGUUUGGACAAAAUCGACAACAGUAUAAAUUCCUUUACGUGAUUGUGCAAAAGGGAUGAACAGAAAACAGAGAGAGAGAAAAAGAAAGAGAGAGACGAUAGAUCUCGCGCGUUUCAGUUUGAUCUUUUUUGUUGCUAGUUUCUAAAUGCGACGGUUUUUUUAAAGAGAGAUGAAGAAGAACACAAGAAGAAGAGAGCAAUACAGAUUUUGUCACAGCAGAACAACUAAAAAAGUGAAGGAUUAUUAGGCUACACACUAGAAGAAAGCAAAGAAAGAGAAAAAACAGCAUGCAUUUCGUUUUUUAACAUUUUUUUUAAACUUCUUAAAUUAAAAUUUUCGCAAUCUUAAAGAGAGAAUGCUGCGCUGUUAGGGGCAGAGUAGGCCACGCGUUUAAAGAAUCAAAAGUAAAAAAAUACAAAGGAACCAAGUAAAACAGUUCAAAUAGUGACGCGGCAUGCUGUGCGUCUCUGAAGAAGAUUUCUUUAAUCAAGUUUGCUGGUUUAGCGAUUCAAAAAAAUGUUUCAAACACACACACAGUGAAAAGGAAAUAACAAAAUGAGUAUUAUGUUUGAGCAGAACAAAAUAAAAAGAGCAAGCAAGCUACCGUAAGAGAGAAAGAAAAAGAAGUUGAAAGAGUUGACGAAACGCGCACUCCACAUUGAUACAUCACCAUGACAGUUACAUUAAAGGAAAACAAUCACAACAAUUCACUGUUUGACACUCUCACUCACAUGGAACUCAUUCGUUGCGUUGGAAGUCACUCACAUACACUCACACGAGACACACAAUUACAUUACAUCGUUUUCACACAAUAAUGGAAAGCACGUAAGGAAAAUUGCAGUAAUCUUUAAGUAAACUUAAUCUACACCAGAAAACAGUGGAUGAACUUUGCAAUCGUAAUUCGGAAAGUUUCAGGGUACUGUUUGUUCUUAAUUUUGUAUAAAAUAAAAGCAUUGAUUAUACACAUAUAUAUUAGACAAAUGAUAAUAGUUCAAUCAUAAGUUAAUGAAUACGAUGUAAAAUACGACAGUUUUUCUUUUAAAAAUUUAUAAAACUUAAAAGUUAAGCAAGUUUAAGGGCGUUGUAAUUGGCGACAAAUUGCCGAGGCAUUUAUCGUUUAACUUGUACCAGACAGCUUUAGUUAGUCUAUUUUGCGAGCAUCAAAACAAAGGAAAGAAUCCUUCUCUCUGUCCCCACCCCCCUCCUUCCAUGUAUACCCCCCUCUCCCUUACUUUACUUUAAACGAAAAAAGUAAGAAGAACCAUUGAAGUUGAAUAAUGAAAAAAUCGUAUAUAGUGAAGAUAAAAAAAAAAACAACAAAAAAGAACACAAUGUUUAAAGUACUGUUUUUCUGCCUUAUAGUUAAGAUCGAAAAUGAAGAAAGGUGACAAAGUCUUAAAUCGACCUAUAGUGAAAACAACAAGAAAAAAAACACAAAACGCAAAAUAAGGUGAAGCACCUUGCAAACCCAAACAAAGCCCCAAAAAAUCCAACAAUUAUGAGCAAUUAAUGAAUAUCAAAAGACAGCUUACCCACUAGAGUCGAGCACGAAGACGCGAAGAGAGCGAAGGAAGUGAACUAAACUAAAACCAAAAAAAACCUAAGUAGCUAAAGAGGCGAUCAAGCGAAAGAGAGUUGACAACCCCCCCUUUGAGGCUGAAGGCCAAACCAAACAGGGCCGUCGACGACGACGACAUCCGUCGGAGUUGAAAGUGUAAUCAAAGCAAACACGGAUGUUUUGCCGCGACUUGAUAAGAGCCAACCCGCUAAGCAAAGUAGGCUAUCGCAUCACUCACACAACAGCACCUGUCAAAACCGGCGCAGGUGGAUCGUAGUAGGCCGCGCGCGAGUAAGCUUUCCGGUAGGACCAGCGAGAGAAACAGAUCUAAUCAACACACACUGAUUUUUAGUAGCUUUUGGCGUGAUGGCUGACCGUGUAGCGCCCAUCGAAGCAGGCCGCGUCACCAUGGCGAUAAAUUGCAAAUUUCGAGUCGAAGCUUUAGGUGCUUUUCCCGCCUGAAAAUUCCCCGUUUCUUCUUGUUCUUCUCUGUCUGCCUACCCCUCAAAAGAAAAUCCCACUCUUCUUCUACCCACACUCACACAAAUGAACACACACACUUGAGACAACAAAAGAUCAUGACGACAAACCCGGAACACUGGAAAAUCCUAAAAGAGAGACUAGUCUUGUUGACCACCACCACCGCGCCCAACCGUCACCAUAGUUACUGGACUGAGUGUUGCAACGAAUCGUUGAUGUUGAUUAGAAAAGCGUUGAUUGAUCGUUGUCUUGAACUCGUUGUUGUGCGUGCGUGCGUGCGUGACCUCCUCUAAACGACUGCUAUUAGCUUCCAGGACAUCGUCAAGCGGACCGAGUGGAUUGUAAUGCAACACGAGAUCUGGAUCUGCAACCGGGCGCGCCAAAUCCGGGGAUCGCCCUAGUUCAAGCUUUGUGACAAUCUAGGUAGGUCGUGGUAUGUCAUGACCGCGUGUGGAAGGAAGCACGUGGCAGUUGCGCGGCGCGGUCAAGGUGACAGCUGCGGGUUGCUGCGAUUGCCUCGGGGUGGUAGUUAGAAUCUGGUUCAAAUUACUAACUCUUGAGUUGAUUCUUUCAGCAACUUGGAAGAUUUCUAGCCAGAUGCAGAACCUAACUUUAUUUAUCAGCCAUCACCAAUUUCAGUUCGACAGGAUUUCGGUUUUAAAAGAGAAAGCAGAUUGUCGCUACCGGUGUGGUGCAAAAACGCAGCAGCAUAGAACACUUAAAAUAUAUGACCAAUUGUAUUUAACAAAAAAAAAAAAACAAGUAAAUGAUACACGCACGAGUUGCUAAAAAUAGCAAAAAUGCGAAAAAAAACAAACGACACUUCUUGUAAAAUAAAGAAAAACCUAUACUUAAUGAGUAAAAAGUAAAACACAACCUUAAAUUGUAACGAUGGUCGAGAUAUUUACGCAAUAAUGAACAAAAAAAUACACAUUUUUACACUAUGAAUGCAAAAAACAAAACUGCAAAUAAAAACAAGGUAUUUUUACUGUUACAACCGAUUUCCAAAAACGGGCAUGAUUCGCGAAGUAAUUUUUUGCGGAUAGAAACAAGCGCUAGCGAUGAAAUACUUUAAAACAAACAAAAAAACGAGGUGUGGUGCGAGUUAAACUUGCGCGCGAAACCUUUGCAGUAAGAAAACCAAAAUAGUCACAAUCUCGUAAUGACAGCUACAGAGUUAUAGGAAGUAUCAAAUAAGCGAUAAAAAUGAACAAAAAAAAAUCGACGAACCUAGCAAAAAAUAAAUAAAACCAGGAAUAAGUUUCGUGUUAUGAAAUAAAGGCAAACCAAGUAAAGAGGAAAUAGGGUUAAAACCUGUUGAUUUAAGCGCAAACAUAGAAAUCUUAAAGGAGAUAACGUUAAAGCUAAUCCAAUAAAAUCAAUAACAUUAAAGAAAGAGAAAGAAAAUCAGCGACUAAAAGGAAACAAAAGCAGACAUUUAGAAGAACUAUCGAGUUUAGCGCAACUAGUGUGUAAAACCAAAACAAGUAACAAUGAUACGAUGAAAAAUAUGAACCCUUUAGAUUGAGACAAGUUUAAUACUUAGUAGCUAAAAUACACACUCCUACACAAAAAACACAGACACACUCAGAAAACGGAUUGUAAAGUUCGACUCUUUGAAAGAAGAAAAUUAAAAACCACCUGGAUUUCACCGUCGUACCGCCGACAGAUCGUAGUAGGCCUCUCUUUUUUCUGCACUCUGCGAUUCUGUGAUAAAUUGUCAUUUUGAGUAGCUUUUGAGGUGUUACCAUGGCAACCACCGUUGUGUUGUGUCAGAAACUCUCAGUUCCAAAAAAAAGUGUCGAGAUUUUUAAAUGUUCUAACUUUGGCUUAAAUUGAUAUUUUCUUGUGAGAUUUUGAGAAUGUUUUCGUUGCUUAGAGUUUCCUUGUAAGAAUGCCAGCAUACAUUUCAAAAUAUUCUAGAAUAUUUCCAGCGUUUUUUUUGAAAAGGACCAAUAAACCAUUGUCUUUCAUAUGUUUAUAGGACCUAAUCAAAAAAAACUCUAGAUUUGCAAAGAUCUGCAGAACAGCGUUUGGAGAUUCUUCAUUAAAAGAAAUUCAUUUGACACUCACUCGAAACUCGUAAACGAAACUCAAUAAAACCUUUUCAAGAUUAUUGGGAGUAGCCGAUUUCAAGAGUACAUUUACAGAAAAAACGUUACGUUGAGAGAACCUCAUUGAAGUACGCAACCAAAACUGAGUUUCAUCACUAAUACAGUUUUGAAAUUAAAUUAUAUUUGAAAAAAAAACUCAAUUUCCUGGUUUUAGCGCAUAUUUCCAACCAAUCUGUUAAACUUUUUUCUCAGCUUUAAAAAAAUCUAUUUUGAUUUCAAAUUUUUAGUUCGGCCUGCUACGACCUGCCCGGCCACCACCAGCCGGAUCAUUUUAUACUGUAUGGGGGAAUGUUCAUCGCCAAGAGUAAAUCUCAGUAGCAGGGCUUGCUUUCAUCCGAUCCCUCCCCGCCUCCCUUGUUGCUCUCGAUUCCCAAAAGAAAAGGGGUUUUACGUUGCUCACCACAAGCACUCUUCCCAUCAACCAAUCAUCAAUCGGUAGGCGAUAAGGCGAGUCAAGAAUUGUUACAAUAAAGAAAAUACCAUUUGUAGUGCAAAAGAGAGUAAAACAAAAUAAAAAGUGGUAAACUUAUUGUAAGUGAGCAACCUACACAUCGUUGGGGAGGGGGUUAUUAAACUAAACCAAGUAAGCAUUUUUAAAGUGAAACUUCAUAAAAUAACGGAACGUCGCGUUUCUGAAGUUUAAAAAAAGCAACUCAAACACACUCACAGAUACACCCACAUACAACACAUUCUACUGUGCACGUACAUUUAAAGAAGGAAAGAAAAAAAAAAACGAAGUAACACCAAAAUAAAAUCCCACACACUUAAGCGAUAAAGUAAACAAAACAAGAAAGGGAGGCAAAUAUGACAUCGUUCGAACACCUUUAUGGACAUUUAUAACUCUAUAGGAACCAAAAAACAAAAUCACAGAUUUCUUCAAAUCAGCAUAUGUGUGUAUAAUACUUACGUCACCUAAGAUGAACCAUCUUGAUAAAAGAGAGGAAAAAACACUAUUUCAUAUAAAAAAUGACACUUCGAAACACAGAAAAAAACAAACACACACACACGUCGGUUUACUAGUAGUUGUUCACAGGAUAGAUAAAAAUGAAAUAACAAAAGUAAUAACACAUUAUAAAAACAGGAAACAAAAAAUCCUCUUCUUCAGCACUAAUAGCGCCUAUCCAAAAAAAAAAGUAAACAAAAAUAAAAAUUCACUCACAAAAUCUCCGUUGAAUUUGUUAGAUUUUGCGUUUUUUCCAAGUAACAUUUCAUUCGUGGUGAAAUCUUCUUGCUUUGAAUUUGUACGUUUUGCUGAAUAUUAGCCAAAAUAAAGUCAAAGCAUACACGUUUGUUAGGAAAAAUUAAAUUCGCGGGUAAAACACAAGCAAGAAGAAGUGUAGCUACUUUGAAGAAGCCGUGUAGUAGUUUAAGAAAUUAUUACGAGAAAAAAAUAAACUAGCCGAAUAACGAGUGCGCACGAAUGAGUGCGAACAGCGUAGCCUUCCCCAAAGUUAUGUUUUGUGUGUGUUUUCUUUUAGUUUAAAACACACAAAAAUACGCGAACCCAGAGUGCGUUCAAUCCAAGCAACCUGGAAAAAAAAGCAAAACGAGCUGGUUUUCUUCUCGAAACCAUAGCAACCUCCCAAACUCCCCCACCCGGUUACAGAAAGUUAGGCUAACUUGAUUGUUGCAUUUAAAUUAUGGUCAACCCCCCCUCGCCCCACCCCUCUUGAGCCUGAUAUUUAUUUGAAACCAGCCGCCUUUGAUCUGAUCGCAACUCGCGCAUCAGAGCCAACUUUGAUAAGUACUCGUAGUUUUGUAGCUGACCAACACUGAUACAAAACAAAAAAACUAAACGGACAUGUACAUUAUUUGUCAUUAUCUACUGAUACUACUACUUCUACUACUCUCUAUUCGCUGUUACUUUGUUACUUUUGUUAAUGUUUUUCUAAAGGAAAAAAUCAGAUAGGAGAGAUACUUAAAAAAUGUUGCAGCUACUUUGAACUGAUGGAUCAAUUUUUGCCUGAUGGUUUUUCCUAUGUUUGCGCCCGGUGGGUUUAUUGGUUUGCCAAGCAAUCGAAGAGGGCUUAACGUAACAUACACACAAACAUCAACACUCACACACACGAGAGCAUAAGCAGCAGCUUCCGGUUCCCCUUUCGGUACUGUGUAUUAUAUCAACUGUUAUAAUGACGCACAAGCGGAAAAAAUGCGGCUAAUGCUUCUAAAAGAUCUUAUCGAAUCGACGAACAGACGUUGACAGACAAACAAAAAACAACUGACAAGCGACACGAUUUUAAUCACAACAAAUGCCAUGCAUGUGUUCAGAACGAUAUUCCCCCAUAUAUAUAAAUGUAAUGCGACGAGAAUGAAAAAAAAAACAUACAAACAAACAAACAACCAAACUUACAACAACUUACAAACGGAACAGGGUCAGAACAAAACAACAACCAAGUUGGCCACGCCCAAUUUCCGAAACGGAUACGCCCCUGGCAAAAGAAAACAAAAGUCAAGAGAAAAGAAAAACAAAGCAAGCCCACCGUCAGCGCGCAACCAAAACAAAAAACCUAUAAAAAUGAACGAAAAUCAAACACGCCUACUAGGUUCCUUCUCUCUUCGUAUCAACAUGUGGUCUUCAUCUUGUCAUUACUAUUAAACAACAACAAAAAACAACAAAAACUUAUUAUUACUUGUUAUAUGUAGGUAAACUCAAUUAAGAUCACCGCGCAUCAUCCGAUUAAACUCGACAAAGAAUACAACACUGAUCUCCAGCCCUAUUUUCUCUCAAACUUCUCGAGAAAUCCUCCUGUCCCCCGACUUCCCUUCCCUUCCCAUCUCUAACCUCCUAACCCCCUUGGAAGCAAACCAAAACAAAAUGGAAGAAAAACAAAAGAAAACUCUUACAGUUAGGUUCGAACUAAUAUUUCAAGUGAGUUUAGUGCUAAAUAUAGUGACCUACCUUAGUAUAUGACAAACAAACAAAAAACAAGAACAAAAAAAACAAACAAAUGUUAUUUAUUUUAAAUAGUUGUUGAAACCAAUGAGAAACAAAAUAAACAAGAACAGACAAAAGAAAACACAAAACAGUUUUAUUUCUUAUUAAUUGUUUACUUGAUUCUCACGAUUGACAGAAAAACGUUUGAUAAUAUUUCACAACAAAACAAAAACAAAUAUGAUAAAACUGACAGAUUGGAAAACCAAACACAAGCAAAACCAGCAAAACAACACUGAGAGAAAGAGUAUUAAACUUUUAAUUUAAUGAAAAUAAACAAAGCAGAAGAAUGAAACCCAUGGAAGUAAAAAGUAAAUUUAAAAGUAACUAAAAAGCCUUGAAAUUCAUUCUAUCAAUGUUAUUUCAGUGAAAAAAGGAAAAAAAAAUGAUGCAAAAAAAAAACAAAACAGAGAAAACAUAAAAUUGUAUAGCAAAUAGUCAUUAAAGUAAAGAGAUUAAAAAUCACGAGAAAACAAAAAAAAAGUGGUGAAAAAUAAAAUCGAGAGAACAGGAAAACAAUACACAAACCCCCCGCACCC